AUGUUUGGCCUUAGAAAAUAUGUUGUAAAUCAGAGUGAUGUGGAUCAGGCCAACGGGGGUACAAUUCUAUUCGAUGAUCAACAGGAGCUAUUUUUGGGUGAAUUGGUUAGGUAUAAGAUUAGCGUCAAAGCUUCAGAAGUCCGUACCGCACAUGGCAAUAAUCAUUUUACUGUAAGAUUAAAAAAUAUUGAGUCGGCUCUUUUACGUCCUAUCUAUUUAACGGGGCCACAUUCAUUAUAUGUUGAUAUUCGACCUAAUAAUUACGAUGAAUUAAUUGAGUUUAAAGGGGAUGAUCUUCAGUAUGUCGCAGAUCUGAGGCCGGAUGAAUCGUUCAAUGGGGUGUUGAAGAUGAAUGGGGAUGCAAGAGUUGGUGAAUCGGAUGUGUAUGCCUGGACUAUUGAUGUAUUAUCACAGAUGACAGUGAUGGCUGCACAGACCGUGAGGUUUAGGAUAUGCAUAGGAAACACAAAAGGUAUUACUAAGUUUGCUAUAAAAAGGCCGAGAGAAGAGAUCGGAGAAGUUAAAGGCUUCACGGCUGAGAUUCUGACUACUCCCAAGUUGUGGAAUGCAAGUCCGCCUUUUCCUAUGCAGCCGGCACAUUUGGUGAUUAUCACUCAUGGUAUAUUUUCAAAUGUGGGCUGUGAUAUGUUGUAUUUGCGGGAUCAGCUCGAUAAGGUUACACAAGGUUUUGAAGAGAGUGUUAACCCAAAUCUAAUUCUGAGAGGGUACCAUGGAAAUGUGGCGAGGUCGCAUAAGGGAAUUGAAUACCUGGGUCAUAGGUUGGCGACUUACAUUGUUGAGACAGUUGAAGAAUUGAGGGCUAAGUAUAAAGUGGAUAAAAUUUCAUUUAUCGGUCACUCCCUUGGAGGAGUUGUCCAGGGAGCCGCCGUGCGGUACAUAUCUUUAGACAAGCCUGAUUUUUUUAACGUAUCCAAGGGAGGUUUGCAGCCUGUUAACUUCAUUGCUUUGGCUAGCCCUUUCCUUGGAGUAGUUGGUGAUUUUCCGAUGUAUGCUACCCUUGCACUGGAUAUUGGUGCGCUGGGGACAACGGGUAGAGAUUUGAGUUUGAAGAGGGAUGCAACUAAACUACAUGCAUUGAUGAAAUCCAGCAACGAAGAUGCCAGGAAGGGCCCAGUCUUGGAGCUGAUUCCUACUUCACCCACUAAGGAAGUAUUCGAACUGUUUGUUAAUCGAACAACUUACGCGAAUGCAUUAAAUGACGGGAUUGUCCCUCUCCGAACUUCAGCCCUCUUAUACUUGGAUUGGUAUAGCUUAAAUGAGGUGAACUCUAUUAGUGAACGUCAAGGUAAUGAAGAACUUGACCUUAGCUCAGCUAAGAUGAAUAUCGGCACAACUGACUCAGUAGAGAUUCCGGCGCAGCCUAUUGGUAAAAGAAGUGGAUUUCAGUGGCCAUUUCGGAGAGGUAUUCUCAGAGAUAAGAAAAAAUGGUAUAGACGCUCUCAAACCCGCACCCCAGGAAGAAGUGUUAGUUGGGACGAUGACGAUAACUUUACUCCUCCAACUAAGGCAUCUGCGCUUGCCUCUGCAGCUAAUAUAUUCGUUGCGGCGCUACCAACACAACAAUAUCUAAAAACUCCUAAAAUUCGUACUGAUGUUAUAUUCCAUGAUAAGAUCUAUACCCCAGAAGAGCUUCCACCUCCAUAUUAUCGGGAUAGGGAAAUAUUUAAAAAAUUCUUAUAUCCAAAUGACAGGAUUCAUAGGGUCGAAGAACAGAUUGCUAGGAACUGGCAAGAAACCAUGACCUGGAGAAAAGUAUUGGUAAAUAUUCAACCUGAAUCACAUAAUAACAUAAUAGUUAGGAGAAGAUUUGUUAACUCACCUGGCUGGGUGGUCAUUGAUCAUCUGGUCAAGGAACAUUUCGACCCGAUCCAACGUGAUGGGAAGCAACUAAAAUCACAAUAG